AUGAGAAAGGGCUCCGCAACACAUCAGUGGUCCACACCGCACCCAAUCCUCUCCAAGCUUUUGCAAUCCUCCUCCACCUCCUCCGUCAACUUCUCCUCAGCGGAGAGCGACGACGUCUUCAGUGAAGGAGAAGAUGUCGGCUCAAGGAGGAGGGCGUUUAGGAAGAGCCGCACCUGGAAAACCUACCUGACCAUGAUGCACUGGUCAAUGCGGAGGCAGAGCUCCUGGGUCCAGCUGGCUGGACAUCAAGGUACCUUCCAGCUGAGUGAGGGAGGUGAGGUGUUGAAACUGUACAGUGAAGUGGAGGCAAAGUGUCUGGACUGCCUGAUGCGAGACCCGCUGAGACCCUUUGUCCCUCAAUACCACGGCUUGGUCACCAAGGGGGACCACGGCUACAUCCGACUGGAGGACUUGCUGAGCGGACUGAGGAAACCCGUCAUCAUGGACUGCAAGAUGGGAGUCAGGACAUACCAGGAAGGGGAGCUGAUCAAAGCCCGGACUAAAGCCACCCUGCGGAGUGACAUGUACCAGAAGAUGGUGGAAAUAGACCCGUCCGCUCCAUCGGCGGAGGAACAUGAACAGAGAGGGGUGACCAAGUGUCGAUACCUCCAGUGGAGGGAUACGAACAGUUCUACGUCCACACUGGGCUUCAGGAUAGAAGGCGUCAUGAUGGAGGACGGAAGUGUCCAACGGGACUUCAGGAAAAUUCGGACUUUCGCUCAGGUCACGGAGGCGUUCCUCUUCUUCACCAGGAGACAGCUGGAAAUCCUGAAAGCCUACCACUCCAGACUCCUGGCACUGAGUGAUGCACUGAAGAACUCAAUAUUUUUCAGAACCCAUGAGGUGAUUGGCAGCUCGCUUCUCUUUGUCCACGACCACAGCAGCAAGGCCAGCGUGUGGAUGAUAGACUUUGCGAAGACGACACCGGUGCCUGACGCGAGCCCGCUCAGACACAACAUCCCGUGGGCUGAGGGGAGCAGAGAGGACGGCUACCUCAUCGGUCUCACCUCCCUCAUCACUUCUCUGAGCCAGGCCAUCAGUGUGGCCUCCUGGCAGCUGGAGGGCAGCUGUGGAGAAGAAAAGAUUGUUGCAUGAGACACCCUUCAUGUACAACACUCAAAUUCAGGAUCAGGUGGACAAAACGACUGCCGUUACACUCUGAACUGUUUCCUCAUUUUUUAUUUACCAGAAGGGACAACAGAGGAUGAUUUGUUUGUGGGGAAUCCGUCUUCAGGCUGAGAAAAAGGAACAGUAUAAAUCAGCUAAAAUCCCACAGUAAAGAGAUGUGGUCAUCCUGCAAUUGUACAUCUGCCAUAUACUUACUGUUAGUGGAGACAGUGUUUUAUUAUAAAGAACCUUUCUUCGUUACUCGUCCCUAUUUAUUUCAUAAAGGACCACAAACUAAA